AUGAACCCUACAGUGACCUUCCUCGCCGGCCGCCAGAACAUCGGGUCGGAAGUUGAGAUUUCCACUAUCGAGAAACAGCGGAAAGAGCUGCAGCUGCUCAUUGGAGAACUGAGAGACCGAGACAGAGAGCUCAGCGAAAUGGUUGCCGUACAUCAGAGACAGCUCCUGUCCUGGGAGGAGGACCGGCAGAAGGUGCUGACUUUGGAAGAGCGUUGCAGCAAACUAGAAGGUGAACUACAUAAAAGAACUGAAAUAAUCCGGUCACUCACCAAGAAGGUAAAAACCCUGGAAUCUAAUCAGACGGAAUGCCAGACAGCUCUUCAGAAGACUCAGCUCCAGCUUCAGGAAAUGGCUCAGAAGGCAACCCAUUCCUCUCUCCUCUCUGAAGACCUUGAGGCUAGAAACGAAAAUCUCAGCAAUACGUUAGUGGAACUUUCUGCUCAGGUAGGACAGUUGCAAGCUCGAGAACAGUCUCUUACUACAAUGAUAAAGCUAAAGGACAAAGAUAUUAUUGAGGCAGUCAAUCACAUUGCAGACUGUUCGGGGAAAUUUAAGUUGCUAGAGCAAGCCUUGCGCGAUGCCAAGAUGGUGGAGACAUGUAUCGUGAAAGAAAAGCAAGACUACAAGCAGAAAUUGAAGACCUUUAAGGUUGAAAUCAAUAAACUAAAAGAGGAUCUAAAUGAAAAGACAACAGAGAAUAAUGAACAACGAGAAGAGAUCAUUCGCCUCAAACAAGAGAAGAGUUGCCUGCACGAUGAAUUGGUUUUUACUGCAGAGAGAGAGAAAAGGAAAGAUGAGUUGCUUGAUAUUGCGAAGUCAAAGCAAGAACGAACAAAUGCAGAACUGCACAGUCUGAGACAGAUUUAUGUAAAGCAACAGAGUGAUCUACAGUUUUUGAAUUUCAAUGUGGAAAAUUCUCAGGAGUUAAUACACAUAUAUAACUCGAAGAUGGAGGAAUCAAAGGCCCUGGAGUCCAGCAGAGACAUGUGUUUGUCUGACCUUGAAAGUUACCACCCAAAAGUCGAGAUUAAGAAGGAGAAAUAUCAGAAGUCACUGGUUAAGGACCAGAAAUUUGAGACCAUGUUUGUUCAGCAAAAUAGGUCAGACAAGAGCUCUUGCGAUGUGUGCAAAGAGAAGAAGCUACAGGUUAACACUUCAUUUGGGGAAAAAAGUGUAAUUGCUGUCUCAUCUCUGUUUGCAAAAGACUUAACGGAGAAACAAAAGCCUUGGUCUCUGGGGGGAAAACUCCAGUUUGAACCCGAACACAAAAGUACAGUGUGCAAGAGCCACGCAAAACCCCCCAAAGGCGUUGAGCUUGGCAUUCCGAGGGAGGAGAAACAGCCCCCAGAAACAUGGGCUUCCCCGGAGGAGAAGCCCUGGCACGACGUCAGCGUUUACCUGGGCCUGGCCGACUGCUCCGGCUCCAAACGGCCCGAGAAGCUGGAUGCCGAGGGCCAAGACCCCCUGGACAGGUCGGGGUUCUCGUGUUGCCAGAAAAGCGAAGCCUGCCUGGGGGAGAGCGACACCUGUGAGUUCAGGUGCUGCCACCCGAGUAACUUCGUGGUCGAGGCCCCGGGCCAGAUGUCCGACAUGGAGUGGAUGAACAUCUUCAAGCCCUCGAAACUGCAGAGGAUCGUCCGCCACAAGUCCGUGUGCACUUGCGCAGACAGCGCCAGCGGAACCAAAUACAACUCCACAAGCGAGCUCAUUGCCAUCCAGCAUUCCCACUGCGUGGGUGCCGUAAGAGAGGAGGAGAAGCUGCUGGAGAGAGAGUCCCCUUCUGAGGAAAGGAGUUCACCUAGGAUUUUGUUUGGGCGCAAAGAUGCAGCGCUGCCCAGCGAAAAGAAAGGUAUUUAUGUAAAAGCACUGAUACUUUUACAUUUCAAUAUGCUCCUUCAUUUCAUGGAUGCUGACAUCGCAAUGUCUUUUCAGGACGAUUUUUCUCCCACCAGCAAGCUUCAGCGUUUGCUGGCAGAAUCUCGCCAGAUGGUCACGGACCUGGAGUUGAGCACUCUGCUCCCCAUCAGCUCUGAGAACGCCGAAGGCGCUGCCAGGAAGAAGCUGGUCUCUCAUCUACGCGGAAGGUAG